UGCGCAAACUUUUAUUUCAGUUUCACUUCUCCACUUUAAAAGAUACAUCGAAAUUUGAACUUGUAUUUAAUUUUUUUUAAUAUUCAGUGCCUCAUUGCAGCUAUAAUGGACUGAAAUGUAAUUAUUAACGAGGCCAGGCUGGGGCUGCGCCGCGUGUCCACCAGGACGUUAACCCUCCUUGCACCGCACUGCCAACAUGGACAUCAACACAGUAAAUUCUCUUCCUUAUGAGGAUUUCGUGGAUGUUUUCGGUAAUGUGGUGGAGAAAUGUCCCCUAAUAACAGCUGCUGUGUGGUCGAGGCGCCCGUUUGGGAACUUGGCUGAUUUAGAGGCUGCAAUUAGCGAGUUCAUCGACGCGCUGCCGGAAUCAGGUAAAGAGGGGAUCCUUAGGUGUCACCCAGACCUCGCGGGCAGGGACCUCAGGGGCGGCACGCUGACCAGGGAGUCCCGCGAGGAGCAGGCCGGAGCCGGGCUGGACGCGCUGGACGCCGCGGAGGCCUCGCGCGUGGCGCAGCUCAACGACGCGUACAAGCGGCGCUUCGGGUUCCCGUUCGUGAUCUGCGCCCGGAUGAACGACAAGGGGAGAAUCUUACAGCAGCUGUCGCAGCGUUGUCUGAACGAGGCCGCGGCGGAGAGGACGCGCGGCAUCGAGGAGGUGAAGAAGAUUUGUAACCUGCGCCUGAAAGGUCUGGUGCGCGCUGACCCCCCCAACAAGCUGUAA